AUGAUUUCCGAGAAGGAACAGAACGUCGCGCCCGGCGUGGCCCUCCAGGAGCAGCCUGGUUCUCUUGGUACCUCUACCAAGACUUGGCGUGAGUAUCUCGGCUGGAUUUACUCCGUUUCUCCUCCCGAGCCUCGACAGCCCGUCACGCCCCAGCUUCAGCAGGAACCUCUACCUCAGGGCUAUCAGACUGUUCGCUUCUCAGGCAUGGACUACAAGGUCCAGGACCCCGAGGUUGCCUAUCAUCGCAACAGCCGCAUGAAACUUUUGGUUCGAGUAUGCCGCGGCCUUUUGGUCACAAUCAUGAUCCUCUCCAUUGGAUUGAUCAUUACCGACUUGUAUGUCAGUGUUCAUCACAAGAGCACCGCUCAGUCUGAGAAGUAUCGACGAGAGGUCACUGGCUAUGGAGAGUACCCCGGUCUCACUGUGACUCCUUUCAUGCCCACCCCUGGUGACAUGAACGCCACUGCGACUGAUUACCUCACCACUCUGUCCCACUCUCACGUCAUUGUCCCUGUUACUGUCGAGGCGCCUACCACUGUUUCCUCUUCAGUUGGUGCAAAUGUCACCCAGCUUCUGAACAGCACUACUCUUUCGGCAACUGCAACUGUUAGCAUGUCUAGCGGUAUCCCCAAUGCCACUGUCACCUAUACAGGCUCUCAGUCUAAGAACUCUUACCCUGCCAAGACGACCCUGUCCGAGAUCACUGGUCGACCUACUAGCUGGUACUUUGGUAAUAGCACAUCUUCGUCUCAGUAUGCAGGCGCUGGCACUGGCACUGGAUCAUUCACUGUUGCCUCGGUUUCUGAUGUCACUGUGACCGUUACUCCCAUCCCAGUCUUGACCACCGGAGCCACAGCUGCCAUGAACAUCUCUGGUUCUUUCUCUAGUUCUUCUUCUUGUUCCCAGUCGGACCUCUCGGUUGGUGUUUAUAACACUACUAGCACCCUUCCUACAGUCUACCAAACAGUCACCGAGACCUGGACUUCUGACAACUGCACCCUGGAUGCCUCGAAGACUGCUUCUGUCCCCAAGACCAUUUCUUCUACUGUGACUACGACUGCUGGUACCGCUGCCAUGUCUGCAAGCACCUCAGGAGCACUCGAGUCGAGCACCCAGGCUGUGGCUACGCCAGUCUCCCAGUCAGCCUCAAGCUCUUCUGAGAUGUACACUAGCACCGAGACCGAAACCGUGACUCCUAUCAGUACUAUUGAGAAGACUACCACUAUUGAAGAGACUCCCCUUGGUACUAUUACUAUUCAUCUGUCCCAAGAGUCUACUGUCACUCAAACUGGUUCUCUGACCGGCAUUCCUACCUCGUCGGCUGGAACUUGCGGUGCAAAGGAAACUGAGACCACCACCGUUGUCAUCUUCUCGACUGUGUACGCCAACUCUGCCUCGACCGACACUGCCUCUACUAGCACCGUCUCUAGCAGUUGCACCUCUACCAGCGCCGUGGCUAGUGCCACUGAGAGCAGCACUUCUUAUGUCGAGCCCCCUGCUGUCCCUUACACCUACGAGAGCUCUCAAAACUUGACUUUGAUGACGUCGACCAUGACUUCUACAUCAACCUCGACUAUUUCUCUGAACACUACCCAGACCGUCUCGAUUGGUUGGAAUACUACUAGCACAUAUGGUGUUGAGGCUGUUAGCACUUCUUCUAGUUCUACUCCUUGCACUCACACUGUUCUCGUGACUGCUAGUCCCAACUCGACUGUGUCUGCUACCCAGUCUUCUUCUGUUACCUCAAGCAACACCACUUCUGUGCCUCAUGUCACUCCGGUCCCUAAGGUUUCUUCAUCCACUACUGAUGAUUCCGACUUGGUUGUGAGCACUCUGAUCAGUACUAUGAUCACCACUUACAGUCUGCACCCGCACUCCGUGAUGGAUAUCAGCACUCAGUCUUAUCCCACUGCAUCUGCAUCUGCGAUCGUCACAUUCCACCCCUUUGCAGUCAACGGUACAGGAAACGGCACCUCCAACUCCAACACCUCGGUGCCCGAGAACAUCCCUUUCGGCCCCGCCUCCCCAGACGGAGUUGUUCCUUUGAACUUCACCAUCUCAGGCAGCACCAGUCCCCCUCGUCCCACCUCUUCCGCUAUUGAGACCAGCGGUGCUAACUCAAAGGCCCGCUCCAACCUGCGAAACCGGGACCAGGACAGCAACUAUGACACAGUGACCUGCAUUGUGAUGCUGUCCACCGUGGUGGCCAUUGCCCUGUCGAUCUAA